CAAAUGCCCGUAGUCUGUGAAAUGCACGAGGAAGAAGAAGUGUCUCCCGAGCAGUCCGCUGGGGGUCGCGCUUUCCCGGCGGCGUCGGCGAAGGAGGCAGGGUGCGUUUCCGCAGCAACAGGGAACAUGGCAGCGCUCACAUCUCUCGGCCAGUUGACAAGCGGGAGUCCUGUCUUUGAGAACUUCUACAGACAGGUGGAUCCGGGCAACACGGGGCGAGUGGGGCCAACAGAAGCCGCCCUGUUCUUGAAAAAGUCUGGACUUCCGGACGUGACGCUGGGAAAGAUUUGGGAUCUGGCUGAUCCGGAAGGGAAAGGCUACCUGGACAAGCAGGGUUUUUACGUGGCGCUGCGUCUGGUGGCGUGCGCGCAGAUUGGCCAUGACGUCAGCGUGUCCAGCCUCAACCUCAGCGUGCCGCCACCCAAGUUUAAGGACAGCAGCAGUCCGUCUCUGAACACCUCCACGGAAGCUCACUGGGCCGUCAGGCCAGAGGAGAAGAACAAAUUUGACGGCAUUUUUGAAAGUCUGUUGCCGGUCAACGGCCUGCUCUCGGGAGAGAAGGUCAGACCCGUCCUCAUCAACUCCAAGCUGCCUCUGGACGUCCUCGGGAAGGUUUGGGACCUGAGCGACAUCGAUAAAGACGGGCAUCUGGACAGAGACGAGUUUGCCGUGGCCAUGCACCUGGUGUACCGCGCCCUGGAGAAGGAGCCCGUCCCGGCCCACCUGCCCGCCGCCCUCAUCCCCCUGUCCAAGAGGAAGAAAAGCCUGGGCUCGGUGGCGGGCGGCGUGCCCCCGCUGCCGGCCAGCCCGCCGCCGUCCAAAGAUUCUCUGCGCUCCACGCCGUCCCACGGCAGCAUGAACUCCCUGAACAGCACGGGCAGCCUGUCGCCCAAACACACCCUCAAGUCUGGACAGCAUUCCAUCAACUGGGCGGUCCCGGCGUCGGACCGCGGUCGCUACGAUGACAUCUUCCUGAAGACGGACGCCGACAUGGACGGUUUUGUCAGCGGGCUGGAAGUGAAGGACAUCUUCAUGCAGUCGGGACUCUCUCAGGGUGUCCUCGCCCACAUAUGGGCUCUGGCCGACACCAGACAGCUGGGCAAGUUGACCAGGGAGCAGUUCGCCCUCGCCAUGCAUCUCAUUCAGCAGAAGGUCAGCAAGGGUGUGGACCCCCCUCAGGCGCUGACGGCGGAUAUGAUCCCGCCUUCGGAGAGAGGAACUCCAGUCCUGAGCAUGUCGGGGUACAUGACGCCAGUGGGAUCCGAGAUGGCGGCGCUGUCAGAGAUGAGGAGGGACAGCUCCAGCUCGGUGGGUUCGGGCGAGUUUACGGGUAUCAAGGAGCUGGACGACCUCAGCCAGGAGAUCGCCCAGCUGCAAAGCACUCUUGCCUUUACCCAGUGGAAUGCGCUCAGGGAGAAGUACACGCUGGAGCAGGACAUCAGGGAGGCAGAAGAGGCCAUCCGGCACAAGAGCGCCGAGGUGCAGGAAAUGCAGAACGAGCUGGACCGAGAAGCCGCCUGCCUGCAGGAGCUGGAGGCGCAGAAACAGGAUGCCCAGGACCGCCUGGAGGAGAUGGACCAGCAGAAGCACAAGCUGGAGGACAUGCUGAACGAGGUCCGCAUCAAGUGUCAGGAGGAGUCUCAGAUGAUCUCGACGCUGCAGAGUCAGAUCCAGUCUCAGGAGUCAGACCUGCACAACCAAGAGGAGGAACUGAGUCGGGCCAAGGCCGACCUUGGCCGGCUGCAGCAGGAGGAGGACCAGCUGGAGCAGAGUCUGGCCGCCGGCAAGAUCCAGCUGGAGACCAUCAUCAAGUCCCUGAAGGCCACGCAGGAUGAGAUCAACCAGGCACGCAGUAAACUGUCCCAGAUCCAGGAGAGCCAGCAGGAUGUGUCCAAAAGCAUCGAGCAGUACAACAGCACCCUGAACGGAACCCACGGAGGAAGCAUGACCAACCUGGCCGACAUGAGCGAGGGCUUCAACGACAGGGAGAACGGAGCCUUCCCCUCCGUGGGGGCGGAGUCCUCACAGGCGGAGGUGGCAAAACUUUGCGUCUUGCAGGAAGAUCCGUUCAAAGUGAAGCCGUCGGUGUUCAACAGUCAGCCUCAGGAGCUCCACGCCGACCCCUUCCACUCCGAGGACCCCUUCAGGACGGACCCUUUCAAAGGAGACCCUUUCCAAAACGACCCCUUUGCAAAGCCGCCAGUAGCCUCUGCAGAUCCGUUUGGUGGCGACCCAUUCAAAGAGACGGACCCGUUCAAGGCCUCGUCUGAAGAUUUCUUCAAGAAAACCACAAAGACGGACCCCUUCGCCACAGCGGACCCCUUCAGCAAGAGUGCCACGCUACCCUCCAAGCAAUUGAGCCAUUUCACGAGCGGUGACCCGUUUUCCUCCAGCAACUCCAAAUCCAAAGGGGCAGAUUUGUUUGGCACUUUGGAUCCGUUUGGGAGCGGCUCGUUCAGCAGCAGCAGUAAAAGCAGCUCCGCCGGGUUCGCCGACUUCAGUCACAUGGGCAAGCCCAGAGACCCGUUCGAAGGCCGCGCCAGCUGGCUGCCAGACUACCAGAAGGCUGCGUUUGCAGAUGAUCCAUUCAGCAGGAAGAGUGACACGCCCGCCCUGCCGCCCAAGAAAGGAGUUCCUCCGAGGCCCAAACCCCCCAGUGGUAAGACAACGCCGGUGAACACGUCCGGCCCGGCGGACCCCCCCAAGCCGUGCGACCCCUUCCAGCCGUUCGGCCGGGACGGCGCCGACCCCUUCCAGAGUAAAAAGGGGCCGGGGGACCCCUUCAGCGGCAAGGACCCCUUUGCCCCGCCGUCCUCGGCACCAGGACCUGACAAGGUUAAGUUUAACAACGAGGCCCAGCAGCUGGAGUGGGCCAAGCGGGAGAGCGAGCGGGCCGAGCGGGAGCGCCUGAAACGUCUGCGGCAGCAGGAGCAGGAAGACCUGGAGCUCGCCAUCGCCCUCAGCAAGGCCGAGAUGUCCAACGCGUGACCGCCCGCUCGCCAAACGGCCAAUGUGACACUUGAUUAUUAUCUUCUCUCUCACACUCGCGUGCGCACACACACACACACACACACACACAAUGAACGCUCCCAGGAUGAACAAAAAACGCAAACCACCUCUGAGUUUUGCGUUGAGCCCAAGCGACAUUUUCUCUUACGGGAGCGUCGAUUAGCAUCUUCUGUUGCUAAAAGAACGCUCUGGAAUGACUGAAUGGGAUUAGACGCUCUUCAUCAUCAUCAUCAUCAUCAUUAAUGAUUCACUGUGAUGAGAGGUCAGAAAAGGUCAGAAAAACCUCAAUUUUUGUGUUCCUUGAACCCCUGUGGGUCCUUCUAACUGGAGUCACAUUCGGGAAGUUAGCGACCAGCGACGUUAGCUCGCGGUUUUCGCCCCGUUGUCAUCGUCGUCUUUCCGCCGACCUUUCGACACGGUUUCUAUUUCCCGUGUGACUUUCCAGAAACCUGCUCGUUAGCUUCAUUGACGACUCUAAAUUGAAUGUGAGGGCGAAUGGUCGUUUGUCCUGCCAUUGACUGGCGACCAGUCUGGGGUGUGCCCCGCCUCUCGCCCGAGGUCAGCUGGGAUUGGCUCCGGCGGGAUGGAUGCAUUUCCACUGAAAGACAAACGACGACGUAGCGCUAAAGCAGUAUUACCUUGUAAUUGCACGUUUGUAUCAUUUUGAUGAAGUCAUCAGGGAAUCUUGUUUUUUUUUAACCCAAAUGUUUGAAGCUUAUGUUUUGGGGAUGUUUUAAACUUCCGCUGACGAUGUCGUCAAACUGACAAACGGCUUUUUUGAACCACUCUUUAACUGUUUCAACUUUUGUUGUUUUGGAUGGAUGUGACUGAACACACUGCUGACUUUUGUCCUCAUUCAUCUGACAUACUUAUUUAUUCCUAAUGUUGGGAAGUUUACAUUGCGCUCCCUUGAAGAUCAAAACCACUUAAAAAAAAAAAAAAAAACACAAACGUUUGUCGAAUGUUGUGAUUGCCGUGCUGGAUAGACACUACUCGAAGACAAACAAAUGACACACUCCUGGUUAAAAAAAAUAAUAAUUAUGCGGGUCCCCAGACAGGACCUGGGGGGAUGAUACCCCCAUCAACCCCUCACCCUCCACCCCAUGUUGUGUCUGUCGAAUCCUGUCUAGAAACUUGAAUUUUACACCACUGGCUAUCGUCACGCAUCUGAGUGACGCAAAAUGCUGAUGAAAAAAAGCAAGAAACUAAAAAUGUUGGUUGUAUAUUUUUCUUUUAAUCAAUCAGUAUGGUGUAAGUUUCCAUCAGGACUGUAACAAAAGACGACUUUUGAACUGUACAAGCUAAAUUCUUAUUUUUUUUUUCUUCCAAAACUCAAAUGUUCCUAUUAAUGUGAAGUGUCUGAAGAUUGGUCGCCUUCAAGUUGCUAUGCAGCUGCCGCUUUUGCCGAAUUUCAAACGGCUUCUCACCGUUUUUUGGGUUUACAGUACACAGAACCAUCCGCUGUUUUUUUGGUAAGCUAAAUGCGCUAACACGCUGAGCCAGGGAGCCAGUCGUUUUCUUGAGUCUCUGGAUUGAUUGGUUGCUUUGCUUUUGCUCCUUUAAAUUGGUAGAUUAUGGCUAGCUCGCAGGCUAGCUCGCUUGUGUCUGUCUGCCAGGACUGCUAACAUUGUAGGCACAGUUUCAUUUUAUGGAUUUGUUAUAUUAUGAUGUGAAGUAACCGAUGGCUAACCGCCACCGAAUAACUUGGCACACUAACAAGCUAACAUUGUAGCAUGCUGAACCAUCAAAGAAGGUGUUUUCUUGAGUGGCUAGAUUAAAUUAAUGGUGGCUCUGCACGCUAGUGCUAGCUCGUAGGCUAGCUCUGCUAAUGUUAGCUUGUUGGUGUAUUACCGCCUGGACUGCUAACUUUGUAACACGUUUUUAUCAUUUAUAUUUUGUUGUAAUGUAAUGUAAACAGCUAGAAUGCUAAAACAUCAAACCAAUCGUUUUCUUGAGUCCUUUAUCAAGUUUUUUUUUCUAGCAGCUAGCUCUCACUAGUUCAGGGGAUGUUAGCGUGUUUGUUUUCCUGCCUGGGCUGCCAACAUUUUAAAAUGCCUGUUUUCAUAUAGGCUUUGUUAACUUUAUCACUUAUCAGUACGAUAUGAUUUGGUCGCUAGCCGUCGGCUAACAAGAUGGUGGCUCAGCUUGUGCUCCUCCUGUCUCGCAGGCUAGCUUUACUCAUGUUAGCUGGUCGUAGAAAUGUCACAAAUGGGCUUUUAAAAAUAUCUCUGCCAUUUCGCUAACAAGCAGUGGCUAGCCACCAGCUAACAUGCUAGCCUGCUUCUAUUGAGUUUGGUAUGUGUUUCACGUAGCAGAGUUGCUAACUGGUAGCUAGGCACCACUGUAGGCAAUGUCGCUGCUAAUGAGCUAAUUUGUGUGUGUCAGACAUCAUCAAAGUUGCUUCAUCGCCGUCAUACCUUCUGCGUUUAUGCUAAGCUAAUUAGCUUAGCCUCGCUUGUCUCUUCCAUUGAGCCCUACUGUGAAACCUCAGCUGUGCGCCUUGUACUGCUUUUUGAGCGGCGACCGUUCGAACCGUUCAUGCUGUAUUUGUCACCCUUGUGCAAUAGGUGUUUUAGUUUUGAUGUCAUGUAUGUUGUUUCAUGUUUUUCAUCAGUUUGAUGCACUUGCAGCUUCUGAUCCCUUUGGGGAAAUGAAACAUUUCGGGGAGUAAGAAUAUUAAGAGGAUGUUUUUAACCCUGUUUUCUUGACAACGUGCACAUUAUUUUUUUUUCUGUUGCUGAGCUGUCUUAAUCCAGAUGCUGUGUAUACUUUCACAUCUCUUGUAUAAAGAAAAAGUGUGACACUAACAAUCGAGUAGCCAAACGGUCGUCGUCUCGACUGGACGUUUUUGUUGAAAGAAAAAAACAAAAAAAUGACUUCUACCUGA